GGAGGGAGAGAGAGAGAGAGAGAGAGAGAGAGAGAAGGAGGAGAGAGAGAGAGAGAGAGAGAGGGAGAGAGAGAAGGAGGAGGAGAGCGAAGGAGCGGUGCAGAAGGACACAGCAGGAGAAACAGAGGCUGAAACUUUUCUGAAACUUUUUCACAAAGAACUAGAAAAGCUUGAGGACUCAGGAUGUCAUCGGUCCAUCAGGAGAAUGGUCCAGAAGACGCAGGACACAGGAGCUUCUGGAUGCCUGGAAACUACCAGCAGACGGUGAAGAGGACGGAGGACUCCUUCCAGGCGUGUAACGACAUCGUGACGUGUUUUCAGGAGCGAGCGCGAGUGGAGAGACUUUACGCUCAACAGCUGAACGAGUGGAGCAACAAGUGGAAGCCUGUAGUGGACACCAGUCCUCUGUAUGGCUCUCUCUUACGGGCAUGGCAGUGUUUCCUCUCCUCCGCCGAUCGUCUCUCCACCCUGCACUCCUCCAUCUGUCGAUCUCUGGUGUCGGAGGAUGGAGAGCGGAUCAGGACGUGGCAGAAGGAGACGUUCCAUAAGAAGAUGUUUGGAGGCUUCAGGGAGUCACAGGACUUCGAGAUGGGAUUCACUCGAGCUCAGAAACCCUGGGCCAAGAGACUGAAGAAGCUGGAGAAGGCAAAGGUAGCGUUCCAUAAAGCAUGUCGUAAGGAGCACAUGGCUCAGGAACGUGAAGCUCACGCUCAGGGAAACCCUGACAUCACCAUCGAGAAACAGCGGAAGAUCCAGGAUGAGCGAGAGAUCGCUCAGCAGAAGACACAGAAAGUCAGAGCCCGGUACGAGAAAGUUCUAGAGGAAGUGACACGCUAUGCCCCGCGCUACAUGGAGGAAAUGGAGUCUAUCUUUGACCAAUCACAGGAGGAGGAGAGGAAGAGGAUCAGCUUCCUCAAGCAGGCCUUUCUGUCCAUCCACAGACACCUCGACAUCACCAACAACGAGAGUGUGAAGGCUGUGUAUAACGAGCUCCAUGAUGCUCUGAUGGCCAUUAACGAUCAGGAGGACCUGCGCUGGUGGAAGAACACACACGGCCCGGGCAUGCCCACUGACUGGCCACAGUUCCAGGAAUGGAUUCCAGACAAGAAGCUUAAAAAAGGAAAGAAAGCUUUGGAGCAGAAAGCGGUGGUGAUGGAGAGAGGUACAAUGAUCGGUGGAGUGAGAGUCCGAGCUCUUUAUGAUUAUGUUGGACAGGAGCCGGAUGAGCUGUCCUUUAAAACUGGUGAGGAGUUUGUGAAGAUCGAGGAUGAGGAUGAUCAGGGUUGGUGUAGAGGGAUGAUGGAUGGAGGAAAAGAAGGUCUUUAUCCAGCCAACUAUGUGGAGGUGGUGUAGGUCCUAAUAGUGCCAUCUACCACUGUGAUGGAACACACACACACACACUGCUUUCAACACACCCUUGUCAAAGCCCCCACCCUACUCUACCCAGCCCUGUCCAUUUUAAAACCCCUCCCACCC